CCGCGCCAUCUUCAUUUUUGAACAAAGCCAGGUUGGAUGUGCUAGGAGCGAGCUGAGACCGGGUAGUAGUCCGCUUUGCGCUAUUCGCGCCACAGUCGUCAGUUCACGACGCUCUCCACUCCUGACUGGUUGGUCUCUGUCUCACCUUCCUUCCCCUCUUCUUUCCCUCUGCCCCUUGGGUUUUCGCCUGACGACGCUGCUCUCUCGGGCAUUUCGCCGGAAACUGACGCCGCGCGAGGGCACGAAGUAUCGUUACGUGUACACAUUGCUCUACCUUUUUCAUCGUUUAUAAGCAGACACGCAGGCAUCUUGUCCAUCACACAUAUCCAUCAUGAGUAGCAAAGAAAACAACGAGAUCGCUGUGGAGAAGGUGACUGAGAACGACAAAGCUUCCGGAGACGCGAAAUGUGAGAUCAAAGGAAUGAAGAGGCCAGCCGAGGAGAAAAAUGAUGAAACAAAAAAACAGAAGAAAGAAGAAAAUGGUGACGGAGAAGUAGAAGAAGAAGAAAUAGAAGAGGAAGUUGAAGAGGAAGAAGAAGUUGAUGGCGAUGGCGAGGAAGAUGACGAAGAUGAUGAUAUACCGGAAGGUGAAGAAGAUUUAGAAGAAGGAGAAGAUGAAGAAGAAGAUGAUGCAGAAGGUGAAGUAGAAGGAGAAGUAGAAGAUGAAGAAGAAGACGCAUAAUGAAAACAGGGAAAAGAAUAUGUAAGUAAGAAAGGAGGUAGGCACACGGUACCAUCGUCGAUCUUCGGCAGUCUUCUCAGCAAACACUUACUCUCAUAUUGAGUGGUUGGUAGCAAUGUUGAUUACCUCGUGCCCAGACCCUAUUGCCUCCCGACCUACGAAUAAAAAUUACCACCUUACCGGAGUUGUGGUGGGCUGACACAAAUUAGAGGCAGCCGCAGUUCUACUGUCUUGGCUCUUCGCAAUUCUGGUCAUCUAGCCAUCACCAAAUGCUAUUAGAUAGUUUGAAUGAAAACUAUAUAUUCGUCAUGUGGGAUUUGAACGUGUCGAUUUAAUAUCUAAGUCCUUCGUGCAUAUUCGUACGUUUGGUAUAUUAAAUAUACUCCCAAGACGAAUUUAUUGUUUUAUCCAAACCAUCUAUUAACUGGUAUUUGCUGUCAUUUGGCUUUCUUCGCGGGACAGUUUUAUAACGAAAACUUAUUUAAGAUAAAAAGCUCUAUUGUAUUUAAAUAAUGUAAAAUGAACAUUUGUGGGUGAUGAUUUUUUUACAUUUGAAAUCAAAUUUACGUUUGUAGUUCAACGAAUGUCUCUCACCUUGUGCGCGUGAUUGAUUUCUUUUUCGACCUAUAUGUGUAUUUGCAACGACUUUGUAGGAGCGCGAGCGGUUAAAAAAA